AUGUCUACCCGAGCACUUCUCAGCUCAUUCGAGGAAGAGGUCCUUGACCCGGAAGAAGAAACAUUCGAUCUCUUCUCCCACCCGAUCCCCUCGCAGAAUCUAGGCUUCAUCGACCCUAAAGCACAGAGCCUCGAUGUCUCUGUCUCAAUCCCCCCAGGUAACCAAUCGACAGGUCCGGGAACAAAAGGAGCAGCGGCAAGAGAAGCAACGCUAGACUUCACCAUCCACCAGUCGCCCGCGAUCCUAUCGUCGGACCGCGCAGGCGGUACGACAGGCGCAGUCCUGUGGAAAAUCACGCCGCUAUUCGCAGGAUGGCUCGCCUCGCCCCUGGCCCAGCCGUUCUUGCCAUCCCCCGCAAGCGAGGCCAGCACACGCCCCGGCCCGUCCUCUCCGCCGUCGAUCCUCGAGCUCGGAUGCGGCAUCUCCGCCCUAACGGCCUUAGCCGCCGCAUCCCGUGUGCGGAGGUACGUCCUCACCGACCAGCCCUACGUGAGUAAACUGGUACGGAUGAACCUUGACGAGAACCGGGCCCCUCCCUCUUCCUCCUCGGGGAAGCGCCGCAAGACGAAGGGUUCCGGCUCUGCUGCUGUUGCUGCUGCUGCUGCUGCGCAGGGACAAGCGGUCGGGGGAGGAGAGAUCCACUUCGUCCCGCUGGACUGGGAAUUGGACCAGGUCACGCCUGCUCUGACCUGCUCGCCUGACAGGCGGAGCUUUGACGCCGUGGUGGCCUGCGAUUGCGUCUACAACGAGGCGCUCGUGGGGCCGUUCGUCCAGACCUGUGCGGAUGCGUGCCGGCUUCGGCUUCGGGAGGCAGAGGAGGGCCGAGGCGGGGAGGGGGCGGCGGAACCAUGCGUUUGCAUUGUUGCGCAGCAGCUUCGCGCCCCCGAGGUUUUUGAGGCGUGGUUAAGGGCUUUCCACGCACACUUCAGGGUGUGGAGGGUGCCCGAUUCCAUGUUAUCUGAGGGACUUCGCCUUGGGUCUGGGUUCGUGGUGCAUGUGGGCGUGCUGAGGGAAGUCUAG